AUUGCUAAAAAAAAAAAAAAAGUCCAGAUAACACAACCAAUAUUUCAGAUUUGGAAAAUUCCACAGGAAGUGGGGGGAGGGGGGGGGGGUCAGAUGCUGAUAUUUCUAGAUAGUGUGACACUGGAGCCAACCUAAACUGGUCUAUGACCGUCCCAUACUCAACCUGCUUCAUGUGUGAAAGUCGGGCGAGGCCAGCCCCAAGCAUCUGGCCUUCAACCUUGGGCAGACACUCUCUCUUAUAAAGAAAUGGAACACGGGCCUUUUGUCACGCAUGGGCCCCUCGUCCUGCAUGGCCCCCUCGUCACGUAUGGGUCCCUUGUCCCGCAAUGCCUCUUGUCACACACGACCGUUCGUCAUGCAAGACCCCACUCAAUUGAAUGCGGGAGAAGGUUGUCCCUGCUGCCUCUGCUGCUGUCCCUGCUGCUGCAGGCUCCAGUGGGAAGCUGCGGACCUCCACCCACAGCACUCCAGUACUGCCCCCCACAGCCUAGCACCGUCAUCGUUACACAGACCGUCUCCCAGCACGUGACACAGACCAGUUUCCGCACUCUGGUUCACUACGAGUCUACGGUGAGUACAGAGUGGCUGACGGAGACGGUGACGCAGGCAGUGACGCAGGCAGUGACGCAGCAUCAGGGCGUCACCACCACCACUACCACCAUUACCUACCCGCACAGCGUGACGCUGCGGCCGCAGUGUCCCCCAAUCACAGGUUACGGCGGCCAGAGGAAGGAUGAUUACCAAGGGUAGUUACGUCAGCGUCGUGGUGACGUCACGGCUGUCAGCGACAUCAACGUAAUGACGUCAUGGGUCAUUAGGGUUGAUGAUGUCAAGAAUGGUUCUUGAGACUUGUUCCUUGGGAACCACCAACUUGUAAGGGAGAUAAGCACGAGAACGUAGCACUCAACACACACACACACACACACACACACACACACACACACACACACACACACCAGCACCCCUCAGUGUUUAAGGUAUAAAAUAUAGAGUUAUUUCAUACUAUUCUGUCUCGUCCUACACAGCUCAUGUAUUAAUUAUUCUUGUCAUAAUGUAUAAUCUAGCUUUCACCUGUAAAUAUAUAUAUACACUUUCCAUUGACGUAUACACUCCAUUUGCAUACUUUAUUCCAGAUGCUUAAAUAAUAGCUAAAGGAUAUUAAUUUAUAAUAAUAAUAAUAAUAAUGAUAAUUAUUAUUGGUAAACAAUGUUAUAAAGGAUUCGAGAAAAUGAUCCACUUAACAUUUUCUUUUGUAAUAUUUAAUG